AUGUGUAUCAAGCAACACCUAACAGACGCUCGGGCUCUCACCCACUAUCCUGUUUAUGCUGAGAAACAUAGACGGUUUUCUACUAUUGCUGAACAACAGGUGUUGAGCAUCUUGUGCGGUGUGGCGCGUGGGCUGCAGUGGCUGCACAGCUGUGGUGUAGCGCAUGGCGCCGUGUGCGCAAGGAACGUCGUCCUCGUCGACGGUACAGUCGCCAAGCUCACGGGCUUUGGACUGCUCUCCUACACCAACGACGUCUACGAGCCUGACUACCGGCGCUGGGUGGCACGAGAGCUGCUCACCCACUGGCCUGCCUCCAACGGAGUCGCUGCUGGGGAGCAGGCAACUGGCGCGGCACGCUUGUCCUCAGUGCACGGGGACAUAUGGAGCCUGGGGGUGCUGAUGUGGGAGGCUGUGACCCUCGGGGCGACCCCUUACCCCGACCUCCCCACCGACCAGGUUACCCCUCGCGUGCAGACUGGUUUACGACUUCCCCAGCCACAAUACAUCUCCAACGACCUCUACCAGAUGUUCAUGGGACAACAGAAAUUUGGCAAUACUACUUCAAACCCAGGACCGUAAAUUACAACUAAAUCAAAGACGCUAAACAAGGGUGGCUGACGGCCCUGCUAGUCUCCCAAAUUUACACAGAUGUACAUCACCGAGAUCUGUAGAAGCGACCCAGUCCAAGACGAGCCUGGCGGUGAAGUCCGGCGUGAACCCAGUUCUCCACAGUGCUCCCGUAGUUUUCCUCAAUGACGACCCCGAAGUUUCGUAUGGCUAUAAUAUAGGUAGCUGCUGACGGCCAGAUCGUGGUAGUUCUCUGCUGUCUGUAGGCCGGGGAUGCUGGUUACUCUGGUAGUUCAGGAUAACUUGCUUGAAGCGGUCGUAAGUCGUAGUUCCUUUUUCUCGAUGGUAAGUCGUGAGAUCUCAGAGCAGCUCCACUCUUUCGACAGAGCGGUUCCAAUAUUCUUCUUCGGUUGGCUUCUUCUCGGUGAUAUAUAUCGCGGUCGGCUGAAGUUGUCUGAAGAGACGUCGUGACUCAAGAAAAUAACGAA